GGUGCCACUGAUACCAAGGCUGGGGCAGGCGACUUUUAGUCAGGACAGUCCCCCAACUGGAACCAGCAGGAGGAGGUGGAACAGAGGCCAGAGGUGCAGGACAGCCGUGGAGCUGGCCUGAACCUUGGACCUUGUCUUCCAAUAGAAUCGGUAUCUCAGCCCCAGCAGGAGCCGACCAUGGCCUCCAAGCCGGAGAAGAGGGUGGCCUCCUCUGUGUUCAUCACCCUGGCACCCCCACGCCGUGACGUGGCUGUGUCUGAGGCAGUGGGCCAGGCAGCUUGUGAAGCUCGACAUGCCCGGCCCUGGGAGACUCCCACGAAGACCCCUGGGGCUGGCUUGAGCAGGAACCCCAAUACCUGGACACCCUCUGGCAGGACCACAGCCUCGCUCCCUGCAGCCCCACCCCGGCUCUCCAACGGAGGAUGCUCUCCCCCACCUCCUUCCCUGAAUGAUGAGGACCUCGACCUCCUCCCACCUCCUCCACCACCCCCUUCGGCCUACCUGCCUCUCCCAGAAGAGGAGCUUCCUGCCCUGACCGGGACGUCCCUCAUUUCCGACUUGGAACAACUACACCUGCCCCCGCCCCCACCUCCGCCCCUUCCACAGGCUCCACCAAAGGGAUCCUCUGCCCAGCCUCGGCCCAGUCACCUCAGACCCUCGGAAGAGGAGCUACCUCCUCCUCCAGAAGAGCCUGUCACAUUUCCAGAGAGAGAGGCAUCCACAGAUGUCUGCGGCUUCUGUCAUAAGCCCGUGUCCCCUCGAGAGCUGGCCGUGGAGGCCAUGAAGAGGCAGUACCAUGCCCUGUGCUUCACCUGCCGCAUCUGCCGCCGCCAGCUCGCCGGGCAGAGAUUCUACCAGAAGGAUGGGCGCCCCCUGUGCGAAGCCUGCUACGAGGACACUCUGGAGAAGUGCGGCCAGUGUGGAGAGGUGGUCCGAGACCACGUCAUCCGGGCCCUGGGCAAGGCCUUCCACCCACCCUGCUUCACGUGUGUGACCUGCGCCCGGUGUAUCGGGGACGAGAGCUUUGCACUGGACAGCCAGAACCAGGUGUACUGUGUGGCUGAUUUCUACAGGAAAUUUGCCCCCAUGUGCAGCAUCUGUGAGAAUCCCAUCAUCCCCCGCGACGGGAAGGAUGCCUUCAAGAUUGAGUGCAUGGGAAGGAACUUCCAUGAAAACUGUUACCGUUGUGAGGACUGCAGCGUCCUCCUGUCUGUGGAACCCACCGACCAAGGCUGCUACCCGCUGAACAACCACCUCUUCUGCAAACCCUGCCACAUGAAGCGGAGUGCUGCUGGGUGCUGCUAAGAACCCCGAUGCCCAGCCCCUCCCUGACAUGGUUUCCUCACUCAGCCUUCCUUGCAUACUUUCCUCACUGGGCACCAGCACACUGCUCAGCCCACAGCAUCUAGACACAAGAGCCUGAGACACUGGGGUGUGGCCUCCUGGUACACAGCUCCCCCCACCCAGACUUUAAACUCCUCCGACUCCACCAACCAGAAGGCCCCUCACCAGGAGAUUAGGACCCUGGUUCCUCUCUAGUGCUAGCCCUAACCUAUUUGUGGGGACAGGUCUCGGGAUGAUGCCCAUAUCUCUGACCAUGAUGCUUAGCUGCCUAGCAGAAGGUGCUGAGACCAACUUAGCGUGUUGAGCUGAGCCAUUCGAAGUGUGCCCGCCCAGUUACCGUAGAAAGUGUAUUUUAAAAAUUUAGAAAUGU